CGCAACACAACAACACAAAGGCGAAGGCGAAGGCGAGAGCACCAAGCACCAUCAAGCAAGCACAGAGCGCAGCCCACGAGCACGAUGGCGGACGAGGCAGUGCAGAACUUGCCCAUCGACAUCCAGUUCAGCAAGCUGAGAGACUGGUUGAUUGAUCGGCAAUGGGUGAAGAAGGAUUACUUCAAGGCAGCAGGAGCCAUCCGAAGGCAGAUCAACAGCAACUGGAACGCGCUGCCUGAGGAGGUGCGACAGGGCUUCGAAGCACCAGAGCAGCUCACUUACUACGACUGCCAAACCGUCAUUGACCGACUCAAGGAGACGGAACAUGGGGCCAAGAACAUGCUGGGCCAGUACACAUCGCCAAUCAUGAAGACGUGGGCGUCCAUCCUGGCAGACUUUGAGCAGGAUUACGUGUUCCUCGGCGACUCUGCCGCUAUUCUGGCGCACGAUGUCAACUUUGAGAUCCCCGCUGCACGCAAGGCCAAAGACCGCGCAUUCAAGAGGCUACAGGAUCUGAACACAAAGGAGACAGAGUUCAAGAACGCGUCAGAGACAAACAGGAAGCGCUUCGUGGCAGCAUGCAAGGACCUGGGAUUCGAGGCUGUUGAUGCCAUUGGUCUGGAAGGGAAGAUCCAGGGUGUGCAGCACAAGCUUGAGCCUGUCUUUGAUGCAAUUGUGGCCGAGAUCAAAGCAGACGCAUUCCAAUCCGCAACCGACUUUUACAACAAGUUCAUGGCGUUCACUCUCGGGGAGGAGCCAUCCGAUAUGCUGCCGCUGCUGACAUACAUCGCUGAGCACGGCAACACGGCCGUUCACACUUUCAAGACGGGGGAGGCUGUUGAGGUCGACAACGGAUAUGCGCACACGGCUGUCGAUGUGGUUGGCGCAUCCUCCAGCGAGCCUGUCAUUGACUUUGGCGACGAGCCAGAGCCGACCAUCGACUUUGGUGACAGCGGGCCUGACCCCGUCAUUGACUUUGGCGACACGCCAAUCCCCACCAUCGACUUUGGGGACACACCGGCACCCACCAUCGACUUUGGUGAUGGUGAUGGUGAUGGUGAUGGUGCGCCCACGAUCGACUUUGGUGAGGAUGAGCAGCCCACGAUUGACUUUGGUGAGCAGGGUGCAGAGCCCGUGAUCGACUUUGGUGAUGACGCAGGCAUUGGCAUUGUUGUCGAAGGCAGUGGGGCUGGCGACGGCGACGGCGAUGGCGAUGGCGAUGGUGGCGUGAAGGUGCGGGAGUCACUGCUGCACCACCGCAGCACGCGGUUGGCGGUCGUGGACGAGCUGGAGGAGCUCAUGAUGUUCUUCACCCGCAGGAGCGACGAACUCGGCGGCGACCUCGAAAUGGCUGCAAUUGGCCUCUUCGAUUCUGCACACAAAUCCGUCCAGAACCAGUCCAAGGAGCAGAUGGGCGCCUUCAUGUCCGCUGUCACGCGCGUUCACACGCAGCUGACGGGCGAGCGGGUGCAACAGCUGCUCAUGAUCAAGUCCUCAUCACGAUAUGUGCAGCGUCUUGCUGACGAAUUGCGGCAGAAGCUUGAGCUCGCCGACCGCGCACUGCGAAAGACGGAGGACUUUGAUCGCCAGCGUGCCGAGUGUCGCACCAUCGUCCACAACUCCAGCGAGCAGACAGACAAGUACAGGCAACGCAUCCGCACCCUCAAGAAACACGUGGAACAGAGCAUCAGCAAACUCUACAGCAAUCGCCCCGUGCACAUUGUUGGCGAUAUCAACGCCAUCUAGCCAUACUGUGGGUGUGUGUGUGUGUGUGUGUGUGUUUGUGUGUUUGUGGGUGUGUUUGUGGGUGUGGGUGCGUGGGUGCGUGUGGCUUCAUUCUUGCUUCAUGCUUGCUUCGUGCUUGCUUCAUACUUGCUUUAUGCUUGCUUGCAUGCAUAGGGCACUCACUGCACGCACGUGCAAACGUGUGAACAGUUGGCUUGUUGUGUUUCCAUUGCGACUGCUACGCACUUUCUCUGUGUAAUUGUGAUUGUCGCGCCAUAGGAGAAGAGGCACACUUCUCAAUGAAAUGGAACGAGAGCGAAACCAAACCAACCGAACCCAGGCAAUGGCGUUGGCGAAAGUAACAAACAAAGGCAGCUGAGAAGCAAGCAACAAGCAAGCAAACAGGCAAGCGAAGCACAAUGAAUAAUGAACGACGA